GCAUGCGCUGGCAAAAGUUGUGCCAGUGAGCUAUGGAAGCCUAUUGGCUUCACCCUUGAAAGAACUUGAUCAGUGUGUUCUUCGAUCGACUCGUUAUAUGAUAUGAUGCAACUACAUUGACCUUCGAAUCAAUGUAUACCAGCAAAAGUUUAAUUUAUCGGCUUCUCGGUUUCUUGACUCUGGGGACUACUACAUACUUUACACGUGGUCGGAGUCGUCGUAGUGUGGAUGAGAGACUGACGAGAGACCCGGGGAGACUUCGAAAAAAAUCGGAUGCUUCUCGUACAACUUCGUAGGGUCGUGCAAGUGACAAGAUUAGAUUUCUUCUUUCCUCAAAAGUUAUUUAACCGAAGUCUACUUCCGUACGCAAUAAACUACAUCCUGCAACUUCAUCUUGUAAUUUAUGAACAGCAGUAGAAGUAAGUCAAGCUCUAAGCAGUUGUUGCUAGAUUCCUCGUGAACGACGUUUGGAAGCAGAAGUACGUUACGAAAUCACCAAGAUGUUUUUCGCCCAAGGUGCGGAGAGCCAGCCGAUGAGAUCCCACAACGGACAGCAGCAACCUGCCGCACACCAACCCCAAUCAAAGCUGCCGAUGAACCCGCCGGUGCUACCGAACAAGAAACACCAGCACACUCUGAAUAUGACUAUCCCACAGAAAGACAGUACUAGCGAUGUUGUCAUGGUUCCUCGUUGCAACACAAAAAUAACCUGUAGCAUUUUCUUCAUCCAUUCUUCCCAGGGGACCAUCUACGGAGCAUGCCAGUAGGGGCCACGCCGCCCCCUUUCUUUUGCACUAAAAAAUCAAAAUGUAGUUGCGCGUGGGCCGCAGUCGUAGUUUCAUGUUGUUUGCUUUGCAAAUACAAGUACAAGAACACUGCUAGGGAUUUUCUGUGCGAUACUUCAGUUUCCGGCCACCGGUGAAGGGGAGAAGAAGCAGAAACAAGCCAUGCUGCUGCAGCCCGGGGGCGGCGGGAACAACGGACUUGUAUCUUCUGCAAAAGUAUUGUGCUGGGAGCAGCUAUUGCUAUCCCUAUCCUAAAACCGCAUGAGAAACAAGACCCACGCGUGGGGACAGGGUCCCCACGCUGGGGCCUUGUGCCCGUCCCUAGUGGCGCUAGUGGGGGAGGGGUGUUCGGCAUCGGGGCGGACGGCGUCCGCCCCUCGCCUCACACCAGGCGCGCGCAUAGUGGCUUAGUGCGCGAAGCGCUAGUGGGGGAGGGGUGUUCGGCAUCGGGGCGGACAGCGUCCGCCCCUCGCCUCACACCAGGCGCGCGCAUAGUGACUUAGUGCGCGAAGCGCUAGUGGCAAACGGAUGAAUUUGGUGCCCUGCAUUUUGCAAGACAAAACAAAAAUUGAAGCAAUUGAAAUAGCUCUGCGUGGCGGCAAACAAAUUCUCUAGCAUUGCGCCAAAAUUCAUUUCCCAUGAGUAACGCAGGGAAAAGCAAGCAGCUAUCCCCUGGAUCGGAUGCGCGUUGCAGAGAUAAGCCCUUUCCUAUUUUUGCAUGGCAGCGCAAAUAUUCCUUUCUCUGUAGAGGCAGUUUCUUUGCGUUUUUGCGCUUUUAUCUUUUUCAUUUUGAUUUUCUGUGUUGUUUUUUUUUUGCAGUUUUAUCUUUCCCAUUUUUCGUCGUGUCGCAAAUAUUUCGUUUUCGUGUUUAUUUCAUAAAAGACAGGGGCGUAGGCCGCGCUAGCCUUAGGGCUUAGGUCACCUGUCGCGGUUCACCUGUCAAGGUCACCUGUCAAGGUCACCUGUCAAGGUCACCUGUCGAGGUCACCUGUCGCCGGGGGUUUGCCGUACCAGAACCCAGAAGUCAAGCAAUGUAAAUAUUAAUCUGUACAAAAAGAAGAACGACCAGCAUUACAAAUACACUGAUUAUUGAUCCCAAAACCGCAUGAGAAAUCUGUACUACAUGAAGAACGACCUGCAUUACAAAUACACUUAUGGUUUGAUGCCCCUUCUGAGCAAAUUUGCAAUGCAAGAAUUGGUACUUGUACGAUACUAUUUGCAAUUUAUCCAGUGUUGACAACAUCGCGUCCAACUCGAAGGAAAACAAAUUAUCAAACGGAAAAAUCCCCCCUCCCCAUAUCGAAAUGGAAAUCUGUGAUGCAGGAUUUGAGGUCACAAAUCGACUUGUCAUGCUAGAAGGCCAAGAGCCGCAGUCGUGGUCUCGUUUGCAGGAAAUUUGUCAUGCUGUUUCCCACUCUCAGCUGCCUCCUAUCAUGCUGAAGAUGCAAGGCUCCCCCACGCCACCCAGCACUACAGUCCGCAUCUUUUCCCGUGUAGCAUGACAAAGCUGAUUUGUGACAACAAAUCUGCAUCACAGAUUUCCGCUUUGAUAUGGGGAGGGGGGAUUUUUCCUUUUGAUACAAAUCCGCCCCUGACCAGACGGCAUGGGAGACCCUCGGUGCGGACUACACCCGGGCAGAUGCCGCGGCGACUGAUAUCCAAUACCAAUCGCCGCAGCAUCAAGCGCUAGCGCUGCUGAAGAUGCUGCGAGACUCCCGCACAAGUGCGAUCGUGCGCGCAAAGGAAAUAUCCCGUGUAUAAAACGUGCCCAACCCAGACAAGUCGUCGCUCACGCAGAUUUGCACGCUGAAGGCACCUUGCAUGCGCAGCCCCAACUACCACUACAUGAGGACCACCAUUUUCUAACUUAAUAUUGUUUUCGAAUUUAGUGUCACGCUACAUUUACCAUACGGUUCAAGAUUUGUGAUGCGGCUUCUCGAGCGCAGCACGAUUACGAUAUUUUCAGGCAGGGACGUUUUCGCACAGGAUGGGAUUGCAAGGAGAAGGCUUCCACCGCGAAAGAGGCACAAAUCCGUGCAGGUGAAAAAGAGCAGGAGGCAAAAGAGAGACUGUCGCGGCUGGAGCGCGAGCUGGACCAGAAGCAACAAGAGGCGGACCAGGCGUAUGGGGUUCUCAAACGUUACACUCUCAACUGCUUCAUGGAUUUGUCAUGCAAAUUUGCACUGAGUAGCUAUAUGACCUUGAUCAGGCUGCUUCGUAUGACAGGGUCGCGACUCGCUAAAUAGUAUUCGAAUCUAGCCCAAGUCUGUAAUGCAAAACGCUCAAUCUCCGCCCUUUCAAUUUUGCCACUCUUGCAUUACCAAUUCAUGUACUUAACAGUUGCAAACGUAACAUUUGAAAACUCCAUAAUGUGUACCAGAGGGCUGUCCGCGCUAUCCAAGAAAAAUGCAGAUCCAUGCCAGAAAAAAAAAACUUGUGUUGCGGAUCCUGUCGCUGUCACCAUGAAAAUGUAUGAAACUUCGUAUGAAAUAUAGACGUACACGAAUGCAUUAUCUUCCAAUACGCGAUGCAAGUUCCGAUCGUGGAGACCAAAGUCUCCUGUACUUGUAGCUCGCGUCAUUGAGUAGAGAUUGACGAGGCACGAUAACUACUAAAGUUGUCAUGCUGAUGAACAGCGAAACAGAUGAGCUUUUUUGUGAUGUUACCGAAAACCCCCGCAUCGCAAAUCGAUACUUUUUUUCAGUGAAGGUCUGCGUUUCGUCUGCUGAAUACCUGCCGCCGAGCUGCAGCGCGAGCGCGACCUGCGAAGGAUCGAAAAAGCCCUCGGGCCGCAGAUGGCCGAAGCGCAAGAGCACAUAGCGUCGUACAAGCAACAGAAGAGAAAACAGGGCGAAGAUUAUCCUGUGGAAAAACGCUAUUGUUCCCCCGACUUUUUUCACGUUUAGAAGUUGGCAACACAAAUGCAGAAGUUUUGGGAAGAAUGUAAAUGCAUCCCAAGCUAUUUCUCUCAGACGCAUGAAGAAGCUCCUGCUAGAUCUCUUCUUUGUAGGAUCAAGAUUUGCACCGAGAGACGAGUAGAAAUGCCUCUUCCGGGGAUGCGCAUCACAAGCGCUUACACUAUCCCGUAGAUGCAGAUCAGCAUGACAAAUUGGUGGGAGCGGACGUUUUUACUGAGGAUAAAGAGGAAGCGCGCCUGGAACUAGAGGCCAAAGACGUGGCAAGCAGAAUCGUAGAUAUCAACAGAAAAAAACUCUGGCUCUGGAUUUGUCUUGCUACGGCUUGUCGUUCAGCAUUUGUAUGGCCCAGAAGCGAAGAUUUGGAGUGCGGGCUACAGCGUCACAAGUUUCCACCGGCGCACUUUGCGAUGCGUCGGCGAAUCUCUUUUGUUGCUCAUGCAAUACAGGUUUCUUCCUUGUCGUCCAGAGCUCGCAUGACAAACUCGACCUACCAGAUCGUCCAGAUGUAUUUGCAAUCCAUAGGGCAGUACGACGCGCAAAUAACGGCGCAAGAGCGGAAAUAUAAGGCCGCGUUUGGCGAUGGAGACAGAUAUCACGAAGAAAGACCAGGAAGCACGUGCUUGAUUCAUCUCCGAGCCUUUUUGUCAUGGCGCAGAUUUGUUCUUCUGCAUAAAUGUCGUGAAAGUGAACUUUUGAUUAUUUUAAUCUGCAGCGGUUCGUCCCGAUAGUACUGUGAAGCUCGAAGUAGAGGAUGACGAAGAAAAGAGCAGAAGCGCGCCUCCGUGUUAUUCCUCCAUACUCCCACAAUGCAACUGCUGGCUAUUCAUCUGAAAGAUGCUAGCAUAAGUGGCAGCCUACCGUUAUUUUUAGUGCUGCACUGAGAAGUCUGUAGCAAAAUCAUCCAUAAUGCUGUGUGAUGAAUGAUGUUUUCGAUGCUCUCAUCUACGACCCAAGCAACGAGACAUGGGGUUUGACUGCUUUUUUCGUUCUUCGUAAUUCACCAAGAACCAAACUUGCAUGACAGAUUAGCCUGUGCUAGAAUUUUUCAGGCUGAUAAUCCCCAAACUCGCGCAGAAAAACCGGGAUUUGGGGUGGCAGAUUGGUAAGGAAGAUUCUCUUUUCUAGUGCAAAGGAGAACAAGGCUGUCAUGCAGAUAUUCUUGAAGCAAGUUUCAACAUUUCAGUCUUUAAUUUGCGCAUUGUUGUCUCCCCUGCAUCGAUCUAGGUACCAGUAAGCAGGGAUGAAUUUUUCUUCAGUUGAUCCAUCUGGAUUCGGAGAAGUAACUGUCCCAAACAAUGCAGGUGCGCAUGGCGAUUUCAACAACGAAGCAGCGAACGGGUAUGGUUCUGCGAAUGGUAGUACCGAUAUGAAAAACAAAAUGCUGGCUCGUGACCAAUCACGGAGGGUGGAAUCUUUCAUGUGCAUGCACCACACAGAUGUAGUCUGUCCACCAUGAGGUCAGAGAUGAAGAAUAAGUACUCAUUCUAGAGCAGGGAGGCCGAUUUAUUAUUAGCGGUUCUUUAUUGCCGAUGUUGGCAGUGUCAGAUGGGAGCAAGAAGAGCUCUAUCGUACUUAUUCUUGGGAUUGGGUCUCCAAUCCAGUGCAGCUGGUGGUCGCCGCCCCCGGACACAAGCAUGCAAUACGAAAAAGAACAAAGCCUGUUCAGAAAUACAUCUCGUCUUCAACGUAGGUUUGUCAUGCAGCUUGUCCAGCAUGACUACGCAUUCAUCCUGCUCCACGGGUGAGUAAACCGAGUUUUUGUUCAUGCGAAAAUUUUUGAAGCUGCUGCAGAGUCGCAGCUAGAAUACUUAAUCUGGUUAUUUAUACGAAACUUACUUCAAGACAGCAUCACAAAUCUUCACGACGAGAAGGCACUUCUACUAGGCUAAUUUUCCCACUAUAGGUCGGUCUUGAAUGUUAUAACCGGCGGGGGUGGCUCGACGAACAACACAUCUGGCCGUGCGGGGGGUCGCGACGGUAGUGUACCAAACAGAAAAAAACUCUGUUGUGACAUCGAGGGAAAAAAACGCAACCUUCAUAAUUCUGUUCCUGGCAUAGAGGACUUCUACUACUUGUAGUCCCAGAAAAAGUAGAUGUGAGGUAGUACUACAAUCGUCCGUACCACUAGCACACAGGUUUUUUUUCCGUGGACAACCACCAGGCAAGCAGGGGAAAAAGGACAAGGACGGACUCGUAUCCGGAGCAAUAAAAUCACCCUUAAUGAACCUUGUGUCUCUUUUUCGUGCUCAUUGCCGUGUUUCAGAGCAAAGGAUUUUGUAAUGCGCAAAGGAAUUUGUAAUGCGCAAAUAAUCAUGGCCAGGUCUUGCGUUUGUUUGAUGCACCACUCCAAAAAAGUGCGGGGGGUGAUUUUCUUCAGGAUAUCAAGAUCCCGAAAUGAAAUAUUACGAUGCGGAUUCUGGUACAAUAAGAUUAUAGAUGAAAUGUUGAUGGUAGCACGUCCCAUAUGAAAGGACAAGCCGGACGGCACUACUAAAGAAAUUGAAAUUGUCAUGCUUCCUGCAUCAAAAAAUUCGUGAUGCUUCUUGAAGAUGAUAAGCUUUUUAGCGACAAUGAAAACGGAGUACUUGAAGAAACCGAAAUUCAGGUAACGAGGAAGCGGGUGAUGGUCUGUCGCAGACCUCGGGUGCAAUAUGGAACUCUCAAACGUUACAGGAUGGCCAGCUGUUGCAUCGCUAAUUUGUGAUGCAAGAACAGCAAAAGUAAAAGAGAGAACAGGAGCUAGUACAAAGUAAAAGAGGAUCAUGCGAAAUCUGUAACGCGUCUUGCAUUACAGAUUUCGCAACAAGGGUUUCCAUGCGCCGCAUGAGAGACUUGUCAUGCGAAGUACCUUGAUCGUGCGGGGGGCGAUAGCGAAUAUGCAGCAUGACAAAUGAUGUCGCAGCUGUUAAAGCAGUCUGUUAAGCAUGACAAAUGAUGUAGCAGCUGACAGUCGUGUAACGUCUGAGAACUCUAUACUAAGCAAAGAAAAGAAAAACGAACUCUAUAUGCGGGACGAGCACAUUUGCUUAUUUGAUUGCAAAAAUGUCUGGGUCUUGAAAGAAUGAAACUUGUCAUGCUGAAUCUGGAUCGUGCCAAAAAUUUGUGUUGCAUGAUUACCAACAAAUGUCCACUUUCGGACAAGUUCAGAGGCAGUUUCUCAUGCACGAUAGGCAUGAUAAAGGUCAUCUCAUAGAAUCUGUCAUGCUGGGUCCCACGUGCCAGACUUCAUGGGUGAUGCAAAAUCUGCAUGACAAACUCCUCCAUUCUUCCAGACCCAGACUACAUAGUUGCAUUUGAUACCAGCAACCUAUUCAACCGCGGCAAUCCGUCGUCCCAGCAGGCAGUGCCGGCAAACAGCAGCCGGUUGCAGCAGGAGACCCAGAUGAACCACAACAAUCGGUUGCCCCAAGCGGCGCUCUUCACCAACCAGGUGGACCACACGGAAAGCUUGUGGGGCCAGUCCGACCCUAUGCCACGGGAAACUACUUCUACACGACCGACACCAGUCUCAUGAGGAAGAAGUAGAGAUAGUAAUUUGCAUCUAAAUCUACUACACAGCGCGAAUAAAAGUCAAAGUGGAGAGAACCUCACUGAAUAAUUUUCCCGCGUCCGGCAUGACAGAUUUCCGGAUCUUGCUGUUCUGCAGAGGUAAUGAAUAAUUGGACUGCUCUAAAAUGGAUUGGUCGUGUAGUUUUCCGAAUGAUAACGUGGUUUCGGCAGCAGGAAGGGCGGUCCUUCUAUUAAGCUGACGGGCGGAUGAGCCGAGGAGAUUUCUGUGUUGUUGAGAUCAAUUAUAGUAUUCAAUUAUGGUGCGACAUCGAACAAACCUUUUACUUCCACCUACUACAACUCUUGUUCUCAUUGUCAGGCAGUCCUCGUGGAGAGGCGCUUGGCGCCGUCUGGUGGCUGCGUUUCAGCUUGUUUACAGAACCAGCACCGACGGAAAAAAAAAUCUUGAACGUGCAAUAACAAAUCGAAUCUACUUCUAAACAGCUUGCUUGCUUGGUACUACACAGCUUACUACUUACUUCUACAACUGAAAAAAAAGUGUCUCCCUCGGCUGCAUGGCGUAGCAUCUACGCAUGCGGAUGCAAAGGGGGCGGAAAGACCAAAAGUGUGUACAAUAUGGUGAAGGAUGUUUUUCAACUACAACUAGUAUCAUCUAAUCUUCUAGCAAUCUAUGCUUUGAUUUUACUGUACCAAAAUGAAUGUAUUAAAGUAGCUCUUGAUUGAAGGAGCUAUUGAAGAGAAAAAACCACCUCUGACUAGCAGCGAAGCUGUAAAAACGGCGUGGUAUGAUCUCUAGACGAAAAAAGGAAGGUUUCACAGGGCACGGGCAGAAAACCUGCUCUACAACUGCGAACCAAUUGUACAAUGCUGACAAGAAAAUCGUAUCGACCAAGGAUUUUUAGAGGCACGUCAAAUGUAUAGAAAAAGACAACUGCGCAGUAGAACCGAUG